AUGGUAUUCAAUAAGCUCAAACCCAAGACAUUCAAAGACAGAAACAUUCUGAUUGGAAAUGGAGCAAUAUUUGAGGCAGAAACAGAUCAUGGAAUAGUAAACAACACUCAUCUACUGCAGAAGAAUUCAGCAGCAUGUAAGAAGGCAUUUGGGUAUUCAGACCUAAAUAGCGGUGAUAUUGAGGAAGAUGACAUAAUGAGACUCAGUGACAUCUAUUGGGACUGGAGUGAUAUCGAUAGAGAGGGAUUCAUAGUCAUAGACGGAAAGGUGUACGAUCCAACCACAAAUGACGAACCAGAAUUGGACGACUUCAUUAAGACAUUUAAGGGAACAGAGGCAACUGCCUCAAAUCUGAAGAAGUACGACGAAGACUGCGUACAAUGCUUCAAGGACGCAUUUCUGGCUGGAAAGGUGAGUUACAAGAGCAAUGGAUGCAUCAUAGGAGACCUCAUCCUCUAUUCCAGUGCCAUUAUGAUAUUUGCUCUUAUUAUGGUCAAAUUCCUUCUUGCAUUAAUGUAUGCGUGGUACUCGAAAUCAAAGAAUACGACUUGUCGUGGCACAACACCGAUCAUCAUGCAGGUUACGUGCUACUCUGAAGGCAGAGACGGCCUACGUGGCACCCUGAACUCCCUUGCUUCCUUGGAGUAUCCUGAAGAGCAUAGGCUGAUUAUUGUGAUUUGCGAUGGACAAAUCAAGGGAGAAGGAGAAGACAUGACUACGCCACAGAUUGUCCUUGAUCUCUGUUCUGUUGAUACAGUUGGAACAGACGUAUCCUACAUCUCACUGACAGCAGGCCAUAAGAGACACAAUCGUGCUAGAGUCCAUACUGGCUGGUAUUACGCUAAUGACAACCUGAAUCCAAUGUCAUCAAACAGGUCGCAGGUGAUGGUGAUUGAGAAGACUGGAAACGAGAACGAGGUUGGAAGAGAGGGAAACAGGGGAAAGAGAGACAGUCAGGUCAUAGUGAUGAAUUUCUUCAGCAAAAUAUUCUACUGUGACAGAAUGAGUGAGCUUGAAGUUGACAUGUUCAUGAAACUGAAGAAGAUGUUCAGAUUCAGGCCAGGCGACUUCGAGCUGCUUCUGAUGGUGGAUGCUGACACCGUGGUGGACACGAAGGCAGUUGGAAUCAUGGCUGCCACUUUUGAGAGUGACAACAAGGUCAUGGGCCUCUGUGGGGAGACGCAGAUCUCAAACAAGAACGAGACGUGGGUCACCAACAUCCAGGUGUUCGAGUACUACAUCUCACACCACCUGGCUAAGAACUUCGAGUCUGUUUUUGGUGGCGUAACCUGUUUACCAGGCUGUUUCUGCGCAUAUAGGCUAAAAAUAGUAACAGACCAAUAUGGAGAAAUAAAGAACUAUACGGACAAGAAGCAGCUGAAUGAGACAUGGACGUGUGUCCCAAUACUGGCCAAUCCAAUCAUAAUCAACCCAUACAGUCAGUUUGAGGCCAAGACCCUUCAUGAGAAGAACCUGCUUCAUCUUGGUGAAGAUAGGUAUCUUACGACUCUUCUGAUGAAGAACUUCUACAAGAGAAAGCUGGUUUUCGUGGCACGAGCCACCUGCAGAACGUGUGUUCCAGCCCAAUACGCGGUGCUACGAUCACAGCGAAGAAGAUGGAUCAACUCGACUGUCCAUAACAUGUUUGAGCUGGCUGUUGUGGACAAGCUGUGUGGCACUGGAUGCUUCUCAAUGCAGUUCAUCAUCGUCUGCGAGCUGUUUGGCACGCUCACCCUUCCAGCAGCCAUCUUCUUCACUUUCAUUCUGAUAGCCAGCUCAAUUAUGCAUGAGCCAGCCUGGAUUCCACUAAUUAUGCUUGCAUGCAUUCUUGGUCUACCAGCCAUACUGAUUAUGUUGACCACAUUCAAGAUCGAAUACAUCUACUGGCUGGUUAUAUACAUCAUAGCACUCCCAAUAUGGAACUUCGCUCUUCCAACCUACGCAUUCUGGCGAUUUGACGACUUCUCAUGGGGUGACACCAGGAAGGUGGAAGGAGACGCAGUGGUGGAGAAAGAGGGCGUCUUUGACUCAAGUGCAAUCAAAUUCAUAGACUACACCGAGAUAGACGAGGAUGAGGAGAUGUAA